AUUUUCAAAAGGGUCGAUCACUUCUCUCUGCUUCAACAGCAACACAUAACAGACAACCAUGGCGGCCUUCAGAAAUCUGAUUAUGUUUUCUUCCCGCCUCCCCAAAUCCAACUCCACCGUUUUGAUCCCCGCACUUCUUAUUUCUUCCAGAGGCAUAGCUUCGAAGCUCUUCGUCGGAGGUCUUUCGUUUUACACCACGGAGCAGGGAUUGUCCGAGGCAUUUUCUCAACACGGACAAGUUAUUGAAGCUACGAUUGUGAUGGAUAGAGUAUCGGACAGAUCAAAGGGUUUUGGAUUUGUCACAUAUGCAUCUGAAGAUGAAGCAGAGAAAGCAAUUGCAGAAAUGAACGGAAAGCCACUUAAUGGGCGCACUGUUUUUGUGGACUAUGCGAAGCCCAGAUCGGGCUCGAGUAAUUCGAUGCCGAUAGCUAGAGGACCGCCUGAACCUGCACCACAAAAUUGAUUUGUUGAUCACCUUUUUUACUGCGAGCGAAAUGCAUCGAGUAUAAGGGUAACUGUACUUGCAAUUCGAACAACACAUUUACGGGUGAUUAGUAUAAAUGCUUGCAUUAAUGAGAGCUUGUUAUUGUUGAUAUUAAUCGAAUGUCAAGAUCGGUAUUCUAUAGAUAAAAAGGAAUCUAGAGCAUAAGAAUAUUGAUUGUUGAGUACUUUGUACUUUUCUGGAUGUAGAUUUAGUAGUAUUCAUUUAUUUAUGUCCCACGAGAGGGGUGAAGUGGAAACGGAAUUUUCAAUUUCUGCCGACCUGAUUUGACACUUUCGUUCGAAGUUCAUCCUUUGGUGGUGUUUGCAAAAGUGUUUGCAAACUGAUCGUUAGCUUUAUUUUGGCUGAGUGUCAUUUUUUGCAAUCCUAUCUUUUUAUUUAUUAAGUAAUUCAAUAGUUUAUUUAUUUA